UUUUAAUAUCAAAUGAUGGCCGUCAAUAAUGCAUUAAAUGUUUUUAUUUAUGUAUUAUUUUUGAACAGAAUACAAUGUAAAUUGUGCAAUUUCGAUAUUAAGAUCGAACAGACACUUCAUAAUGAAGGAUUUCACAGAAACCUAAGCUACCUCAUCGAUUUUGCCAGCGACGAUGCUGAGGAAAAUUGGUUGUAUGAAGACUGUGUGGUGGGGUUGGAGCAAACACUGCCGUCGGGUGUGUUUGCGAGCCAUGAUGAAGUCAAAGACCACAGAUGUAAGGGUUUGAUACACACAAUAUUCAAAACGCCAGUCAAUAUAGAGCAGCCAGCCAAAGAUGCUAGUCCUAUUACAAUUCAAUUGUUUAGUAAGGUGGAGCGAAGCAAAACACAUAUUUACAUUCCAGUGCACGCUAGAUAUCAUCAUGCUAGCCGUGGUGGAGGAACAGUCAGAAACAUAAUCGGGCCUCCGAAAUUAAAUUUAAUGUGCCCAGAUAGAAAACUCAAUGUAUGUGAUUUUCCUUCUGAUGCUCCUGCGAACAAUUUCUGUGCAAAAGGCGUUUCUAAGGAGUCGUGUCCUUGGAGAGAAGUACCUGCGAUAAUGGUCACUGACACGUUAUUUUGGGACGUACCAAUUGGUAAUACAGAUCAUUACUACCUAGUGGCGAGUGUCACUACCAUAGUUAUUGUAGUCGGUUCUCUAUAUCUGUUGAAUACUAUACACGGUUACAAAAUAGAAACUGAAAGAAGGAUACGAAAAAAACAGAAAAUAUAAUAAAAUAAAAUUGAUCUUAA